CUGACUUGACGAAAGACUGUUUGAAUUCCCCGCACCAGAGAAGGAAAGUUAAGUGACUAGUAAUGGGCACGAUUUUUUCCCAAAUACUUGCGCUUCAGAGUAGUGAGCAGAACCGUUUCAUGGAGAAACUAAUGACGAAAAUACUUAACUUCUACGACGAGCAGUCUCUGAUCGAUGUGACAUUUAAAGUUUCAAACCCAACGGCUCUUGUACCCGCGCAUCGAUUGAUACUCGCAGCAGCGAGUCCUUACUUCGAGAACCUUUUCAAUGGCCAUCAAGGCACUAAUCCAGUCAUCGAGAUAAAUGAUAUCGAUAGCGAUAUUUUUGAGCAUGUAAUAACAUUUUGUUACACCGGACAGGCUCUCAUUACCGUUAACAAUGUCGCUGCCCUGCUAAAAGCGGCAAUCGCUUUGCAAUUGGACGAUGCAAAAAACAGUAUUUUGGACUAUCUCAUGACACAUAUCGAUGAAUACACUUUACAGGGUGCUUAUACGCUAGAGCGUGAAACGAAAUGUGAAGUUCUUAAGCAGAAAAUCAUCGAAUACGAGACACAGAACUUCAUGGAGAUCAGCCGAAGCGAUGAGUUUUUGAAUUUUGAUGUAGAAAAAUUGCAACGUAUUCUGGUAUCUGACAAUUUGAAAAUAACCCGUGAGGAAGAUGCCUACGAUGCCAUACAACGCUGGUAUAAUUACGAUGUUCCUGCGCGUCAAGAGCAACUGCCACUUUUAAUAGCUUGCCUCCGGCUUACCCAACUUGAUGCGGACUUUCUGUUGACACACAUACUGCCAUUAUCUGGAUGUGAGCUACUGACCUUCAAGGCGUUAUCGUGGAUCGGAGUGCCUAAAGCACGGCCAAUGAUAAAUAUGCGAUUUACAGAACCACGUGGGAUCAAUGCUACAAAUUGUGGUGAGAAAACGAUCCUAGCGGUUUGCUCAGAGCUGAAUCCAAAGCUGCUGCAAUAUAACAAAACUGAGGAUAAGUGGCAGGAAUAUGCGAGUAUAAAAAUCGAUUACGCAUGUUAUAGAACUAUUUUAAAGGAUGAGAAUUUAUUAUUUAUUGGCGGUUGUAAAAGUGUUGCCACAUUUAACGUCGUCCGCAGCUGGAAUAUACGAAAUAAGACAUGGCAAAAUUUGCCCGCCAUGAACCAAGCAAGAGCAUUUCACUGCGUUGUCGAAUUAGAUGAUAAAAUCUAUGCGAUUGGUGGUUGUGAUGGUAAUGUUUUGUCGUCGGUGGAAAGAUAUACGACUUCCGAUGGUUGGGUGUUUGUGACCAGCUUAAUUGUUGGACGAUCAUACGCAGGUGCAGUGACAUUAAAUGGUAAAAUUUACGUAAUUGGCGGUUGUGAUAAUGGUUGGAAUUUAAAAUCCGUCGAAUGCCACAAUCCGGAUUCGAAUACUUGGACUUCUUGCGCGGAUAUGACAAUAAGUCACUUUUUACCUAGUGUAGCUGCACAUAGAGGUCACAUUUACGUUUUAAGCCGUAACGGUGCUGAACGUUACGAUCUUCAGCGAAACACAUGGUCACAGCUUUGCUCUUUGGAAGUUGGCGAUGGUUAUAUGUCUUGCAUAUCACUAGACAAUAAACUAUGGGCUAUUGGUGGGCAGUCUAAAUCUGCUGACAAAUCAAGUGUAUCAGUCUUUGAUGAGGAAAAUUUCUGUUGGGUAGAAAGGGGCUCAUUACCCCAAAAUGGAGUUUUUAACUGUUUUGUUGUGCCUGAAUCAUUGCUGUCGUCGCUGUGA